GAUCAGAGAUGUCGAACUCGGUUCGCUGAACUUCAUGCCACGGACCCUAAGGCGAAUAAGGGACGAGGGGGCCGAGCUAAGACACGCAUACGUGACCACUCCUAUGUGUUGCCCAAGCAGGAGCUCGUUGCUGACCGGCCGUUACGUUCACAAUCACGAGGUCUUUACGAACAACGACAACUGCAGCAGCCCCCAGUGGCAACGAGAUCACGAGCCGCACUCGUUCGCCGCUUACCUGAGCAACGCGGGAUAUCGUACCGGUUACUUCGGCAAGUAUCUGAACAAGUACAACGGAUCGUACAUACCGCCCGGAUGGCGGGAAUGGGGAGGUCUGAUAAUGAAUUCACGGUACUACAACUACAGCGUGAACAUGAACGGGAAGAAGAUAAAGCACGGGUUCGAGUACAGCAAGGACUAUUACCCGGACCUGAUAGCGAACGACAGCGUGACUUUUCUACGCCAAAGUAAACACAAUUUCGCACGGAAGCCGGUGAUGCUGGUCGCGAGCUUCCCGGCGCCCCACGGCCCGGAGGAUUCGGCACCCCAAUUCUCGCACCUCUUCUUCAACGUCACCACUCACCACACCCCGGCCUACGACUACGCGCCGAAUCCUGACAAGCAAUGGAUACUGCAGGUCACGCAGAAAAUGCAACCCAUUCACAAACAGUUCACGGAUCUCCUGAUGACCAAGAGGCUUCAGACGUUGCAAAGCGUGGACGACGCCGUGGACAGGAUUUACCAAGAGCUGAAAGAUCUGGGCGAGUUGGACAACACGUACAUCAUCUACACGUCCGAUCACGGCUACCAUCUCGGCCAGUUUGGCCUGAUCAAAGGGAAGAGUUUCCCUUUCGAGUUCGACGUGAGAGUGCCGUUCUUGAUAAGGGGGCCCGGCAUCGAACCCGGCACCAUAGUAGACGACAUAGUUUUGAACAUCGACUUGGCGCCGACGUUUCUGGACAUAGCCGGCGUCGAGACGCCCCCGCAGAUGGACGGUCGUUCCUUUAAGAAACUUUUUCAGAACAAACACGGGAGAAGAUCGAAGUUUAAGUGGCCGGACACAUUCCUGAUCGAGUCUUCGGGGCGUCGUGAAACCCCGGAAUCGAUCGCGGAAUCGAAGGCGAGGGAAGCGAGAAAACAGAAUCAAACGGCAUUGGUUAAACAGCAUUCGAACGCGACACCGGAAGAGGAGGAGGACAACACGGCUGAUCCGGAUACGGAGCACGAAUCGGAGCAUCGAUUCUUCGAGAACGAUACGGGAAGCGAUCAAGAUAUAUCGGAGGACGAGGAUUUCGAAGACUCGAUCAUCGAUGAAUCGAGCUCCGAUCCGCAUCUGGACAACAGGGUCUAUCCUGUACACUCGACCUUCUCUACCAAGCACGAACGGUUGGCCAUCGAGUGUUCGCGGCCUGAAGUCCAGACGAAUUGUAUCCCGGGCCAGAAAUGGCGUUGCGAGAGGGAUGGGCACAGAUGGAGAAGGCACAAGUGCAAAUACGCGGCACCUCCGCCGAGAAUGUCGAAGAAAUGCGCUUGCUUCACGCCCAACGGGGUCGUUUAUACCAGAUUGGAGUCGAACGAUUACGAUUACGUGCAUCGAUACGCAGGGUUUGGCAGGGAUAGAAGGCCGACCGAUGUGUACACGGAUGUGGCCAGAUACUUUGCUAGACGAGGCAAACGAGACGUGUCGGGAGCAGGGAGCGAAGAUGCCAGCCAAGAUACAGAGGAGAACGAUGAUGGAUAUAAUGACGGUGAGCGGGAUCGGCGAGCGAUCGACGAGGAGGACGACGAGGAUUUCUUCCAGGAAUUGGACAGUCUUGCGAACGAUGUGAGAAAGGAAUACGUAGACUUGAUCUUUAGGGAUAGAUUCGAUAACAGGACGUCGGAGGAUGAGAAACUCGAGUUCGAUAAUUUGAACGAAUCGGAAUACUCGAUCGAUGACUUCGAUCCCAGCUUGGAUAAAGUGGUGAAAGGCCGGUUGAACGUCGAGGACGUGGUUAGAAGACACAGGAGGAUACGGAGGAGUGUCACGAAGAAGGACACCGUUGAACACGUGACCAAGAUAAUGGAGAGCAUCGAAGAGGAAUUGGACGAUUUAAAGGCGACUCAAGAACGCCAGUCGGAGCCAAGAAGAACCUUCCCACCAAAAUGUUCCGUCCUCCCGCAAGGAGGAGUGAAUUGUUCGGAAACCGUGUACCAGGAUCCGAACGAAUGGAGAAACUCGAGGCGAGAGAUCGAACAGCAAAUCAGAGAAAUGAGGAUGCAGUUGGAGACAUUAAAAGAUAUUCGCCGUCACCUGAUGACCAAGCGACCUCACGUUAUGAAAGAUCCGGAGGAUGGAUUCAAAAGCGCGGAAGACUCUCAUAAACCGCAUCAUCAUCCUUCGAGAAACCACGUGAAUCGACAUCACAAGAAACACGAACACGCCAAUACGAUUAUUAACCCUAGCGCGACCACCGUUCGUUCCACCGUGAAACAGGAUCGAGCGACGGAAGAAAGGGUCGUUUCGUCCACCAAGGAGAAUAAAUCUAGAUUUCUUAACGUUACGGAAGCCACGGAAAGUAGCGAUACCGAUACGAUCACCACCACGAGCGAAUCAACAUCCAGCGUAACUUCGUUAUCGUCCACUUCGAAACCAAAGAAAGCGCCUCGUCGUCAGAAGGCAAAAGAGCCGGUUGGUAACAGGACGGAAGUGGAGGAUGACAAGGCGCAGAGACGAAGGAAGGUCCACCAUCACCGAAGGAACAAUACUCUUUUCACGAAUAGCGUGCACGACGAGGUGCCAAUUGUAAAUGUGAGCGAGACAAUCGAGACGACGACUGUCACAACCGCGGCGUCCAGGUCUCAGUAUCAUCGAACCAGGUACACGACCACCGUUCCUACGACGACAAUGAAGGAAACCACGAUUCACAGGGAGACCGUGACCGGAGUCACGAAUGACUUUACCAAAGAAAAUACGGUGGGGACGAACGCGCAAACGAUACUAUCCACAGGGUCAGAGACGUCCAGUGAAACGACGGAGUCGCAAACGACGACGCCAUCGUUCACCAGGACCUCGACUAUUAUCGAAGGAGGACGUUCGAGAACUACGUUCCCAGCUGUGACCACCACGUCUGUGACUAUACCGAUUACAGUCUCAUCGAAUAAGAGGUUUCCAAAGGUUCAGAAGAAUAGGACCAACAACCUUGGACCAUCGAGAAUCGACGUUACCAUUUUGGAGUCCCCGGAUAGGAGGAGCAGACAAGAGAUAAUAGAUAUAGCGAAUAAUAAUCGCCGGUUACCACCGAUGCUGAACAGUCCUUUGGAAGCGCGUCACAAGUGUUACUGCGAGCCAGAUUCUUACUCGAAGAAGGACGAGAAAGAGAUCGCUCGAGAGGAAAGGAGAAGGUUGAAGGAGGAACGUUUGAAGAAAAAGGAGAGGAAGCUGAGGAAGAAAGCCAAACUGGAGAAGGAGUGUUUAACCGAAAAGAUGAACUGUUUCGAGCACGAUAACGAUCAUUGGCGCACAGCACCGUUGUGGAGUGCGGGCCCAUUCUGCUUUUGCAUGAAUGCCAACAAUAAUACGUACUCGUGUAUUCGCACCAUUAACGCGACACACAAUUUCCUUUACUGCGAGUUCACCACCGGUUUGGUCACUUAUUAUAACCUGAGGAUCGAUCCGUUCGAACAAUGGAACAGGGUUUCGUCUUUAACGUCUUUGGAACGUUCCUAUCUUCACGAUCAAUUGGAACAUUUAAAGGGAUGCAAGGGGACAAGGGAUUGUACGGUUGGAAACGCGAAGGAAGCACUGCCGCAGCAACAGCAUCAGAGGUUCAUCUCGAAAAGAAAAUUCGCCAAUACGUUCGAGGAUAUGUUCGUACCGUCGACGUUACAAAUUAUUCGCGAGAGCGAGCUUAGCAGUCCGCCGAAUAAGAGGCGGAAAAAGUUGCAGAACGUUUGGAACAGACGAAGCAGAAGCUGGCAAACUAAUUUUAGGCAUCAUCAAGACACGAUGAAUUAUCGUCGGCACAGACAUCAGUACUGAUUAUUAUCAUGACCCGUUUGUUCUUUUUGAACAAAUUGUCGAAGGAUGCGUGAAAGCAUUGCCUUAGAUGUAUAUUAAUUUCGCGAUGCAUUUAAUAAUGUAAUUUAUUUAGUGAUAUUUAAUCGAGGAAAGAUACGUGAUAUUUAAUUGAAAAUGUUCGGAUUCCAUUAAAAUUAGAAUCGCGCUUUAAAACGACGUAUGCCGCGUUGCAGAAAGAAAUCAAUCUAAAAAUGAAUGCGAUCGCAAAAAAAACAUGUCGACUAUCUAACUAAAUAAAUGA